AUGGCGCACUCUAGUGUAAUCUUAGUUUUCUCCCUCACCAUUCCAUUCGUGCCCCAGGUGCUGUACGCGCCGCGCAAGAUCGGCGACAAGCUGUUCCAGUCAGCCUUCAAGGACAACGACAAGGUGCGCGUGGCGGGCUUCGAGACGGUGGACAGCAUGCUGACCACCUUCCACAAGGUGUCGCCAAAGCCGAAGCGCGGUCCCGAGCAGCGCGUCGUCGCCGUCACGCUGGGCGAGAGCGGAGAGGCCGUCUCGAAGCAUGGGCUCGCGUUCAGCGUCAGCUUCUACGACGAGUUCGUGUACAUGUCGAAGCGGCUCAACGGGUACGCGCUGUUCGAGCCGCUGCCCAACCCGGUGACGCAGCGUGAGAGCGUCGCCUGCCUCCAGCUCGCGCUGAGCCAGGCGCACCUCGCAUCGGUGGCGGCCGACAAGCAGUACGCCGAGAAACCUUACAGCAUAGCCACGCAUCGAAUCACCGAGGGGCCGUACCCGCUCGACGCGCCUUCGCACCGGUGGCUGAUGCUGAUACGGUUGGGUGUCGGGUACUUGGUGCCCUUCUGCUUGAUUCUGUCGCGCGUGGUAGAGGAAACGCAGCAGGGAAUGCGUGAGAAGCUUCGCCUGGUCGGCCUCCGCGCUACCGCCUACCGCGCGGGUCACUGGAUGGCCGGCUUCUUCUCGGGGAUUGUGAGCGUCGCCAUGGUCAUGGCCUACAUGACCGCCGUAGAGAACACCAGUGAUCAUGGCUCGCAGGCCUUCCUGGACGGCACAAACAAGCUGGUGGUUCUCAUGUGCUUCGGCCUCUUCACGGCGCAGUACAUUUCGAAGGCGAUGCUUCUUGCGCUCUUCUUUAGAGACACUGCACUGGCUGUGGUGUUCGGUGUGCUGUACUGGCACAUCAGCUACGUAAUGCCCUGCGUAAUUCUCGAAGAUAUGCAGGGUCGCGCGGCCCAUUACAUCCUCCUGGAUCGCUGGACCAAGCUUCUCACCGCAACGUUGCCAUGUGUCGGCAUGCACUGGUGCUUCCGCAUUAUUGGCUGUGCCAACACUGUCGGUAACAAUGUGUUUUUUUCUCAUCUCUCUACACACGCUACAUUGCGUUAG